AAUUACAGGAGAAUGUUAUGGAAAAUAAAACAAUUAUAUUCAACGCUUCUAAGCAAGAGAUAUUUAAGUUGCAGGAUAAUUACAAAAUUUUCCAAAGAAAGCUAAAAAUCUAUUGGCGAGUCUUGAUUAAUAAAGAGGAGUUAUCAUGGCAAAUUUUACAAAAUUGUUCUUUGUUGAUUCUUCCUGGUAGCCAAACACCUUUUGAAGAAAAUGAAUUAAAUGCUCUAAAAACAUACAUAAGUAAUGGUGGUAGAGUUUUAGUUUUGUUGUCCGAGAGUCAUGAGAAUGAUACAAGUAAUACAAAUAUAUUUUUGGAAGUAUAUGGAAUAAUUCCUAAUAUGGAUUCUUUAAUACGUACUCACUAUUAUAAGUAUUUCCAUCCGAAGGAGUGUUUUCUGGGUGACAGCAAUAUCAAUUCGACUUUGUUAAAAGACAAUACCAAUUUGGACUUGGUUUAUCCCUUUGGUUGCACUUUAAGUGUGAGUAAACCCUCAGUAGUCGCAUUUACCAGUGGAUCAGCUACAUUUCCUGUAGACAGACCUCUGGGUGCAUUAUAUUAUGAUGAAAGCGCAGGUGGCAGAUUGGCAGCAAUUGGUUCGGGACACAUGUUCGCUGACAAAUAUAUAGACCAAGAAAGUAACGAUAAAUUCAGGGAACUGAUAUUCGAUUUUUUGACUGGAGAUACAAGUAUUAAAUUCGCCCCUUCGGAUCACGAUGAUAUAGACAUUUUAGAUUAUCAUGUAGUACCAGAGACGGGUCAUCUUGCUGAAAAGCCUAAAAUUUGUCUCACAGACGCAAUUAGUAACACCACGUUAGUUGAUUACACCAAACUGUUUGACCAUAAAAUGUACUCUAUGAAUACUAAUUAUGUGCCCGAGGCCCUGAAACUCUAUACCGAUUUGAGGGUGAAACACCAGCCCCUAAAGAUUAUCACGCCCAAGUUUGAGGCCCCUCUCCCACCUCUACAGGCUGCGGUGUUUCCACCAGCAUUUAGAGAGCUACCACCUCCUCCAUUGGAACUGUUUGAUCUAGACGAUGCUUUUAGUUCCGUGUUUUCGAAACUCGCACAGUUCACGAAUAAGUACUUGCAACAAGGGCAGGGUAAAGAUGAUUAUACCGAGAAGGAUUUGUCUUUUUAUAUUACGGAGUGCGCGAAGAUUGUCAAUGUGGACGAAGAUUUUAAAGAAUGCAAGGACGUUCUGUUCGAAAUCGGCUCUCAGAUUGCCAAAUUCAAAAGCAUCGAUACCAUUAAAUAGGAGUAUGGUGUAUAGUUUUGUAGAAGGUUUAAUACAGUUUAUUUUAAUAUA